CCAUUUUAUAGAUUUAUUUUAUAUAUAAUAACUUAAUACCCGUUGAUAUCUCGGAAAAUAUUUUCAUAAUAUAAAUUAGAACAUAUUAGCAAAUAAUAUAAAUUAGAUCAUAUUAGCAAAAUGGAUUUAACUUCCUGUGAAUCAUGGAAAGCACUUCAGAAGUAUUUUGAGGCAAAAGGCAGGAACAUUAGUAUGAAAAAAAUGUUUGCAGAAAAUCCUACAAGAGCUAAGGAAUUCAGCAUAACACUGCCUACACCCGAGGGAGAUUUUCUGGUCGAUUACUCCAAGAAUCUAAUAGAUCAAGACAUCCUAAAGAUGCUCCUCGCAUUGGCGGAGGAAAGAAAAGUGGCCGAUAUGAGGGAAGCCAUGUUCACGGGACAAAAGAUAAACUUCACGGAAGAUAGAGCCGUUCUACACACCGCCCUGAGAAAUAGAUCAAAUAACCCCAUCAUGGUGGACGGUGUUAACGUUAUGGAUGAGAUAAACGGUGUUCUAGCUCACAUGAAGGAGUUUAGCGACUCUGUAAGAGACGGUACUUGGUUAGGUUAUACCGGAAAACCCAUUAAAGACGUCGUUAACAUAGGCAUAGGAGGUUCAGACUUGGGUCCAAGUAUGGUGACAUCCGCUCUAGCAAGCUUUUCUAAACCCGGUAUAUGCACAUAUUUCGUUUCCAACAUUGACGGGACUCACCUCAAAAUGGCUUUAAAUCUCUGCGAUCCAGAAACGACCCUUUUUAUCGUGGCUUCUAAAACUUUUACAACUAUGGAAACCAUUACUAAUGCCGUUUCCGCCAAGGAAUGGUUCUUGGAACACGCAAAAGAUCCGGUAACGGUAGCAAAACAUUUCGUGGCCCUCUCGACUAACAAGGCAGAAGUAGAAAAGUUUGGUAUCGACAGCAAAAAUAUGUUCGCCUUUUGGGAUUGGGUAGGGGGAAGAUAUUCCGUAUGGUCAGCUAUCGGUCUAUCCGUCGCCAUCAGUAUAGGUAUGGACAAUUUCGAAUCCUUUCUCGCUGGUGGCCAUUUCAUGGACAAUCACUUUCGCUCAGCCGAAUAUAACCAAAAUAUACCCGUAAUCCUCGCCAUGAUUUCCAUAUGGUAUGGAAAUUUUUUUCAAGCCGCUUCUCACGCCAUCCUUCCCUACGAUCAAUACAUGAACUUAUUUCCGGCUUACUUCCAACAAGGCGAUAUGGAAUCUAACGGCAAAUACGUUACGCGUAGUGGAAAACGCGUUACUUAUCACACCGGGCCCAUCAUAUGGGGCCAGCCCGGAACAAACGGACAACACGCCUUCUACCAAUUGAUCCAUCAGGGAACCAGGCUGAUUCCCUGCGAUUUUUUGGCCCCUGUAAAGACCCAUAAUCCUAUUCAUCACGGACUACAUCAACAGAUGUUGAUUGCCAAUUUUUUGGCCCAACCCGAGGCCCUCAUGAAAGGUAGAACUCUUGAGGAAGUUAAAAAGGACUACACCGAUAAAGGGCUUGAUGUAGAGGACGAAAAAAUCAAAAAGAUAAUGGUGCACCGAGUGUUCGAAGGAAAUAGGCCCACCAAUAGCAUGAUAUUCCAGAAACUGACUCCCUUCAGCCUGGGCAUGCUCAUAGCCAUGUACGAGCACAAGAUAUUCGUAGAGGGCAUCAUCUGGGACAUCAACUCCUUCGACCAAUGGGGAGUCGAAUUGGGCAAAAAGUUGGCUCUAACUGCUCUGUCCGAUUUGCAGGAUACAUCUAAGCCCGAAGCUACUGACCCUUCUUUGCACGAUAGUUCUACCAACUCUUUGAUAACGUUUGUCAAGACGCAUCAUUUGAAUUAAUUUUUCUUGAACAUCCAUCCAAUCUAUUAUAAUAAAGAAUUUUUUUUCUAUCGUUUGAUUUUAUCUUUUUUUUGGAAUUUUUUUAAAAAAUGGAAAAUUAUGAAUAAUAUUAUAUUAAUUUUAAACCUCUUCUUAUUCUUGUUUGCUUUUGAAAAUAUUAUAGUAUUCGAGUGUUUUUAGAUCUCUUAAUUGGAUUAAUUACUAUUUCUUUUAAAGUUUAUAAAUUUUAUUAUUCAAUGGGUGAUAGUAAUACGUCUACUUCAAUUAAAAUCGCAGACGAUAUUUUCUAAAUGAUUUUUUCUAUUUAAAAUUUUGGCAAAUUAUUAUUACGUCCCCUCUCCCACCAUCGCCGCCCACAAUAAACAAACUUUUAAAUUAUAUUAUCUACAUCAUCAAACUUUUAUUGUGCACAUUUUUUUGAAUGAUAUAAAUAUUAAUUAUGAAUUAAUUGUUAUCAAUAUUAUUUAACUUUUUUUCAAAACUUGUCAUUAAGGUACUAAUAUAAAAUCAAUGUUCUAAUCAGGUCAGUUUUGCAUAUAAAAAAUGGCGUCUUUUAGUCUCUAAAAUCUUUCUACAUCGUCAUUUUUUUUAUAAUAAUUAUUAUUGCAAUUUAUUUUUUUAAAAAAUAAUUUUUUAGCAUAAUUAUAAAAAAACAAAACGGUUUUAAAAUAAACUUUAUUGAAAAUUAUCGUGAUUUUUUUUUCUUAAUUUGAA